ACACAGGGUCUACCUCACCACAGUCGAUCCACAGCAGUUGCUGGCGUGCGCACGUGUGCUGGUCUGUUGUAUUGCAAGUCCCAUUGUCGUGUCGUGCAGUGCGAUCCGCAGUUUCUUGUUUUGUUCUUUCGUGCAGAGUGUCUCUGGUGUUAAACAGUCAUCCCGUGCUUUCCUGUAUACUUGACCUGACAACGGCGGCUCGAACGUCCAGCUCCCAAUUUCCAUAAUGUCGCGAACGCUGGAACUGUCGCCAAAUGCGCAGAUUAACAAGUCGCUGCUCGACAAGUACAUGUCGCUGCCGAUGCCGGAUGGGAAGAUACAGGCAACGUACAUCUGGAUCGAUGGUACUGGCGAAAACGUGCGAUGCAAGGACCGCACACUUGACUUCAUUCCCAAGUCAGCGAGUGAAUUGCCGAUCUGGAACUACGAUGGAAGCUCCACGUAUCAAGCCGAUGGUUCCAACUCGGACGUGUAUCUGCAUCCGGUGACCAUCUACCGUGACCCGUUUCGCCGUGGAAACAACAUCCUGGUAUUGUGUGAAACGUACCGUCACGAUGGUACGCCGACCGAGUCGAACAAGCGCAAAUCGUGCCUGGAGGUGUGCAAGCUAGCUGGUGACGAGCAUCCUUGGUUUGGCAUUGAGCAGGAGUACACGCUGCUGGACGUAGACGGACGUCCGCUCGGUUGGCCCAAGAAUGGUUUCCCCGGACCCCAGGGCCCGUACUAUUGUGGCGUCGGUGCGGACAAAGUAUAUGCCCGGGACAUUGUGGAUGCGCAUUAUCGCGCUUGCCUGUAUGCCGGUGUAAAGAUCUGUGGAACGAACGCCGAAGUUAUGCCAGCCCAGUGGGAGUACCAGGUGGGACCUUGCGAAGGUAUCCAGAUUGGAGACGAUCUGUGGAUGUCUCGUUUUCUGCUGCAUCGCGUCUCGGAGGAGUUUGGUAUCGUUGCCACACUCGAUCCGAAGCCGAUGCAGGGAGACUGGAACGGUGCUGGUGCGCACACCAAUGUGUCUACUAAGACGAUGCGCGAGGUUGGAGGUAUCGCUGAGAUUGAAAAGGCCAUCCACAAACUGUCGAAGCACCACGAUCGCCAUAUCCGUGCGUAUGACCCCCACGGAGGAAAGGACAACGAGCGUCGUUUGACGGGAAAACACGAAACCAGUUCGAUUCACGAUUUUAAUGCCGGUGUUGCUAACCGUGGAUGUUCCAUUCGUAUCCCGCGCGGUGUGUCCGAUCAGGGCUACGGUUACUUCGAGGAUCGUCGACCGAGCUCUAACUGCGAUCCAUACAGUGUCGCCGAGGCGAUCCUGCGAACGAUUUGUCUCAACGAGUAGAACAAGCUGUCGGCAACAGGCAACAACCAUUCAUCAGACAUUCCUGUUUAUGGAUAUUAAGCGACCGAUCACCAUCAAACGCCAUUUAAUGUGCAUUCAAUGUGUCGUCAGCGUGCAAUUUACGAUCAGUCGAUCGAACACUGGUUUUUCACCUUUUACCCGAUCUGUUUGUGUUAUAUCCAUCUGCUGCUAACACGAGACCCCAUUUCGUUUGACACAGGCAAAUGAAGUGCCCUUCGAAUCUUAUAACUCAACGAAUUUGUAUAUCAAUUCGUUCUACCAUUACCUCAUCAUGCAUCUAGGGUGAUCCCAGCCGCGUGGCUGGUUCGUAGAUCUUUGCAGCAGCAGCAGCAGCUUUAAAUAAACACCAAAACACACGAACUAAUAUGAGUUCUUCUGUAAA